CGUCUACAAGAUUUUCCUUGCAAACAUCUUGCCGGCAAAUCAACACGAACGGGAGAAACUAUAUGACCUUUCUAUUUUUAUACCUUGUUAUGUUCUGGUGUUCCAAGCGAAUUUAUGAGCCUUUUCGUCUACGUCAUCGAUUUUGUUACCUUGGUUUGUGAAUACUACCGAACACUCUGAAGGUCUGGGAAUCAACUUUUCAAAUCACUGCCACCCGAAAAGGGUUCUUCAGCAUUCCUUAUUAAAUCAGGGACUAGAAAAACAUUCACAAAUUAAGGAUUUUAUCAAUUUGGAUUAUAUGCCAAAAUAUUGUUUUUCUAUAAUUUUGGAGGUAACACUGCAACUGAAAUAAAUUUCUGGCACGACGGUUUGUCGAAAACGAGGCGUUAACUUGGAUGUAAGACCUGAAGUACAGUGCAAGACUCUAUAAUAAUCCAAAAUGCCUUCAGGAAAUCCACACCCCGUGGUGACUGCCAACAAAGAUGGAUCAGUGGGAGUCACAUAUCAGACCAGUGCCAAGGGCAUCCACGAAAUGGUGAUGAGCUACAAUGACCAGCCCGUCGACGGUAGCCCAUUUCUUUGUCACGUGGACGCAGUUGGUAGCGGAUACGUAACCGCCUACGGCCAUGGACUUUCUUCCGGCAUGAGCGGUGAUGUAACAGAAUUUCACGUUGCAGCCCAAAACCCAGGCGAUAUCACAGUCUCAAUUGACGGACCAUCUAAAUGUGACGCAAAGCUGACCAAAAACAGAGACGGCACAGUCGGCGUUGCCUAUACUCCUAUGUCUCCAGGCGAAUACUCUAUUUCAGUCAAAAAUAAAGGCAGGAAUAUAUCUGGAUCGCCAUUUUCUGCCAAGGUAUCUGGUGAAGGUCGAAAACGUUCCCAAAUAUCUGUAAGCACAGGCAGCGAAUAUGACACUAAAAUAAGUGAGGCAGAUCUAGUUGGUCUUGUUGGAACACAUAAAAACCCAAGUGGAUCAGUUGAAACAUGCAUCUUAAAGAAGCUGCCAAACGGGCAUUUAGGAAUUUCGUCAUUUCAACCAAAGGAGAAGGGCACACAUACUAUUGAGAUAAAGAGAGAUGAGAAGAACAUCAAAGGUAGUCCACUAUCAGUGUCCAUAGGUGACAAGGAGCUCGCAAGUGCCAGCAAGGUGAAAGUGUCCGGCAAGGGUAUCUCAGAUGCAGUGUCUAACGCAGACAACGAGUUCACUAUUUUCACAGCAGGCGCAGGUUACGGUAACUGCGGUGUGUCGAUAGAGGGCGGCCACAGAUCCGACAUUAAACAUACAGUAGACGCCGAGGGUGUUAUCACUGUGAACUACAAACCCCACGAACCUGGCAUAUAUCUUGUCAAUGUUAUAUUCGCCGAUGAACAUAUACCAGGAAGUCCUUUUGUUGUUAACGUUGGAGGAAAACCUUCUGGGCGAUCCCGUGAAACGUUGGUGAAAGAUAUACCCCAGGCCGACAAUGUGGGUGUUGGCAGCAAGUGUGAAUUCAUGCUCAAAAUACCCGGUACAAAUCCAUUUGAUCUUGAAGCAUCUUUGACAGACCCAGAGGGAAAAACAGAACUGUGUGAAAUCCGAGAUCUUGAGGAUUCCAAAUAUGAUGUUAAAUUCUCUCCUAAAAUGGAGGGUGUCCACACGGUUUCAUUGAAAUAUAGAGGUCUUCAUUGCUCCGGUAGUCCCUUCCAAUACACAGUGGGUCAACUGACAGCUGGAGGCCCACACAAAGUGGAAGUCGGCGGAACAGGCCUGGAAAGAGGGGAGGUUGGCGUCAAAAAUUCGUUCAACAUCUACACACGAGAAGCUGGCCCCGGGCAGUUGUCUGUUGCCGUGGAAGGACCAUCGAAGGCCAAAAUUGGGUUUGAAGAUCGUAAAAAUGGUUUUAUUGGUAUUAGCUACGAAGUUUCAAAACCAGGCCCAUAUGGAAUCCAUGUUAAGUGGGAUGACAAUCAUAUUCCAAAGUCACCAAUCAUCGUUCAUGUCACUCCCUCCAGCGUUGACUCAAAGAAAGUGUCAGUACAUGCUUUCAAGGACAGGGGGCUCCAGGUUGGAAAAGCAGCAACGUUUAACGUGAAAUACAACGGCGCCACGGGAACAACCCAUGCCUCUGUGGACACACCAUCUGGAGCCACCGAGGAUUGCUUUGUGCAAGAGAUCGACCCUGACGACAACUAUGUCGUUCGUUUCAUACCAAAGGAGAAUGGUAUCCACUAUGUCAGUGUCUUCCUCAACGAAGCUCAUAUCCCAGGCAGCCCCUUCCCCAUGAUGGUCGGCAGACUAGUAGCAGAUCCUGCUAUGGUACACGCCGCUGGAGACGGGCUCGUCACUGGAGCAGUUGGUAAAAAGUCAGCGUUCGUUGUAAACACUGUUGGUGCGGGAGAGGGACUCAUGUCGGUAACCGUUGAUGGACCUUCAAAGGUGGCGGUAAUGUGCAAGGAGAUAGACACUGGUUAUGAAUUUAACUACACUCCUAUGUCUCCUGGCGAUUACCUGAUCAACAUAAAGUACAGCAACAUCACCAUUGCUGGAAGUCCUGCCAAGGUUAACGUUACAGGCGCAGGCAAAAAGAGCAGCGUGAUUGAGCAGUCUGGCAUAGUAGUUGAGUGUAUAGACAAGAAAGAAGGCCAAGUGGCCAAGAAGAAGUUCACGGGAGAUGCUGCAAAGGUUAUUGCUAGAGGAAAUGGAUUGAAGAAAGCGUUCAUGGGAAGGAGCACUCCAUUCACGAUUGACGUAAAGGACGCAGGUACCGCCAUUCUCUUUAUCAAUAUGAUCAGUCCAAAUGGACAACUGGCUGAAGAAGUAACCAUCAAGAAAACAACCAAGACGGUCUAUACAUGCAGCUACAAGGCUGGCCGCGAGAAGGGAGAGCACCAACUUUACGUUCGUUGGGGAGGCGAGGAUAUUCCAGGAAGUCCUUUCCAGAUCCACGUGACAUAAAGCAACCAAUCCGAUUUAUGCACACGUUAGACACUGCUCGACACUGCCAUUUUAGCACCACGCGCAUGCGCGGGGAGCAGAACAGCAAUAACAAUGCUUUGGAAAUAUUCUACAAGAUUUCUAUAACUAUGUAAUGAUAUUAUUAUAACGUAAAUGUUUUAAAUGCUUUUUAUCAAGAUUAUAGAUUUGAGUGAUUUUGUUGAUUUCAAUAAGUUUCAUCUUGUAUGUAGUACUGAAUAAUGAAUGUAUAAAGAGCAUUAGAACUUUUAAUCAUUGCUGGUUAACCGAUAUCUUCCGACUAUCAGCUGGUAUAUAUACGACAUGGCGAGAGGAUCAUGUGAUGUGUGAAAAGAAAGUGUUCGCAGGACUCCCAAUUAAUGUUUCAAAUCAACAACUAAUCAACGGUGGCAAGAGAUGUGUCAAAGGGUUUCAUACCUAUAAUUAAUUUGACGUAUUUAGCACUGUCAAUCCCAUCGAUGAUUACGGACAUUCACACAGUUGCGCCAUUGUUCAUAAUACAUCAUGAUUGUUUUUCUUAAUUUAUAUAUAUCAUAUUAAAACAAAAAUCGAUUUGCAUUUCACUUUAUUCUACUAGUUUGCAUUUUUUAUUCUUGUGUAAAAUGUUUUAAAUAAGGAUUGUUCUAAAUACUAGUAUUAAAUACUGGGUAUGUACUAUAGCUAGUAUCACUUGUGUUUACCAUAUUGUCAAUAAAGUGUCGAUUGUUAUACUA